GAGAGCAUCAUUACUCCAUCAACACCUCGCAGAGACAGUGCAGAGCCGAACGCACCUGUGCGCAAGUUCACGAGCGACUUCUGCGCCAGAGUUGCAGCAUGUUUCUCGCGCGGCAUCUUCACGAGGCUUUUGCUUAAUGCGCUGAACAUUUCUGGAGGACAUUUCUUUUCCAGCUCAUGUGAGAUCUGUCUUUGGAAUGAUGGGGACCUUACAUGACAGUAUUGGAUUUGUGCUCUUUUCCUGUUUGUCCAUUCAAGUUGGAUUUUCUCUUGAUGGAAAGUUUACAGAUUUCCCUUCUAACAUCACUGCACGGGAAGGACAGAACAUUGAAAUGGCAUGUGCCUUUCAAAGUGGGAUGACCUCAGUUUACUUAGAGAUCCAGUGGUGGUUUAUUCGUGCUCCGGAGGAACUGAUUACGAGCGAGGAGGAUGAGGACGAUACGGAGAUGGAGAUGAUUCCAGAUCCAGAUCCUGAUGAAGAAGGAACCAAAAUAAGUACAGUCAAGGUCCAAGGCAAUGACAUCUCCCACAAGCUGCAGAUCUCUCGGGUGAGCAAGAACGACGAGGGCCUGUAUGAAUGUCGAGUCACGGACGCGAACUACGGAGAGCUCAAGGAGUACAAGGCUCAAGCCUACCUGAAAGUCAACGCCACCAUCCGCCCUCGCAACAGGGCCAUUAAGAAGAGCUCGCCGCUGCACCUGACCGAUAAGAAACCCCGCAAGAGCAGCUCGGCUCCCGGCCAGGACAGCAUGAGUUCAGACCAGAGGUCCCAGUCCACUUCUACCUCUCAGACGUCACACUCCAAAACAGUCGAACACAGCACAGGGUCAGGUACGAGGAUAGCCACAAGUAAUGGACUUGCUCUUCUUCUCCUCACAUCCGGCCUCAUGAGGGAAGUGUGGCUAUAGUUUCAAGACGGUGACUCUUUUUCCCAGAAUCACUCUUAUUUCAGAGCCAAGAGAAAAUUGCCUGCUAUUUGGACGGAGCGGACAGCACAGUCGUCCCUUACUUCAAACCACAACACUGCACCAAUGUAGUCUAAUGAUCAUCACCAGAAGCACUUUUGUUUCAAAAGCCUAUAGGAGGAGAAGGAAACUGCCAUAGCGGACACGUGCUUCACGCUCCAAAUCAAACAGAAGACACAAACGGACACGGACUCGUAUGGGAUCUUGCGCCCCAUAUAUAUUUUUGGUUGGUUUUUGUUUACCUUUUAUCUCCAGCUGUGAAUUUAAUACAUUGCUCUGAAGUUCGGAAGAGUCUAUAUUUGUGUAACAUAUGAAUAUAUGAACAGAUAUACAGUAUAUAUAUAUAAAGUAUUUGAUUUUAAAUUCCCUUGACUCUGUACAGCUGCCAUCCAUUCAUAUGCAAAAACAGCCUUGAAAACAAAACUAACAGCUCCACGGCUUAGUACAUGUUGUGUUCUGGAUCGCUAAUUGAUGUGGUAAAUCACAGUGUUUACACUGCAUUGAGCUGCAGUGAUUUUCAUUAAUGCAGAUGUUCUUGCUUAAAUACAUGUGCUUUUCAUUUAUUUUUGGCAUAAUAAAUGUGAGUAUAUUCCUUUCGCCCCUCCGUCCUGUUAGUAGCGUUGUAUACUCACAUGCCCAGUCAUGUUCACUUAGCAUGUAGCAUGUGAGCAUAGUAGUCUUUGACUGGAAACUAAAUCACACACGACAAUGCCAUUUAAGAGCAUCGUUUCAGUGGAGCUGGAUUGAAGAGAUAUUGUUUGUUUGGCUCUUGCUUGCUUUUUGUUGGAGCGGAGGGUCGGACAAAUUGAAAGAAAUAAAUGUUCUGAGCUUUCAACCUUCAAAUCACUAAAGGUGUUUCAUGACCUUCAGUGCUAUUGAAUGUUGUGAUUGUGUCCUCUAAACAUCUCAAGUGUGAUUCACCUAUGUUUAAGUGUCGAAGAUGAUUGCUUUUCACCUCUUGAAGCAACUGUCAUUUCCGCCGUGUGUUUACCAUCUUCAAAAUCAAGUUGCAUCAUGGAUUUCCACUAAAGCUGACAAAAUCAAUAGCUGUUGACGAUUGGUUUUCUGGUCCUCUCCCUUUACUUUUAAUUAAAAAGGAAGAGCUUUGUACUUUCUGGCUAACAUAGAAUGAUUUAUAUCUGCGUUUGUCUUUUUAUUUUGGCAAUGCAGAUUGCAAGCGGUAUGAGAUAGGUACCAUUUUCCCUAAAGCAGUGGAAGACUCGGCUUUGCAGGAGACUUUUAAAAUUAAUGUUUCAGCCUUGUUCUUGUGCCACCAAAGGCACUUAGUCCAAACAAAAAUUACUCUCAUCAUUUAACAUCACAAGGAAGAUGUUUAUUCAGUUACUAAACACAAUAUGUCACUAAAACGUCUUCUGAUUCCCAGAAGAAGCUGACUGAUACAGCUCGUCCUGCUUAAUCAGGGCCACACUGAACGUUUUGAGAUUAAUAUCCAUGAUAUAGGCUGCAUUAAAGGGGUCAUGACGUGGAUUUUUGUUAUUAUUAUUUUAAUAUGUUCCUUGAGGGUCACGUAUAAUGUUAGUAAAGUUAUUUUCACACAAAAAAUCAAAUAUAUAUGCGGAAAAACUAUUAUUUUCAGAUCCUCCGUUUGAAAUGAUCCGUUUUUAAUGCGUGGCUCCUUUAAGGCUUGUCAGUAAACGCCCACUGUUAUGAUUGGCUAACAUCACUGCAUAGGAAACAGUAUCAACGCCCACUUGCUAUUGCAUGUAAUGUGAGUGUUUUGAAAAAUUAUCCAUAUAAAAUUGUCAUUUACAGACAAAGCAUUAUGAAAUAAUUUACUUCCGGUUUGUGAUGCAGCUGCUGUCAGAUCUAAUACAGUCGACUGCUUCAUCUGUCAACUAAAGUUUCUUUGUGAACUCUCCAUUACACUGUGCCUCGUUCACAAAACAAUCUGCAGUCAAAUGCUCCGAACAAACAUAUAAUCCUCUGACGCAAUCUGGGACGUCAUUAAAAUAAACCAUCCACUUGUUUCUGAUGUUGAGAUCCUUCUGAAGUCGCAAACCAGCUGUGUAAACUGAACGUGUGAAAGCGAAUGUUCUUUCACUCUUCCAUUCGUCCUGUUGUCGGCAGAUGUCAGAAACUGAACACACAUCUGUAUUCUGCAUCAGUGUAGACAGCAUCAGUGAUUAUAAUGACUUCUAUUUGCUUUUGACGUGACGCUCACAUCCAGUGUAGACAAAUGUCAGCCAUUAAGAGACUGAUCGCCAGUGGGCGGGGCAUGUGAUGCGAUGAUGUAUAACUAUUGGUCGAUGCUUGCUCUGGAGGCGGGCAUAUGCAAAUGUAUUUGCCAGUGUGUCAUCACAGAUCCCACAAUAUUAAAAUAAGGCAUUUUUGGAGCUUUAUUAAAUAAAUGUUUUGUUUAUAAUCAGGAGGAUGUUUUAAGCUCUGAAACUUGCAGGAUGUUUUAAUCUUACAAAGACCUCUAAUGUGUUAAAAGAUCAAGGCAAAUUUGAUUUCUGAUAUCAUGACACCUUUAAAAUGACAUAUGAUCACCAGUGAUGCCCUCAUCACCAUAUUUUUUAAAUGCGACAGUAGUGGUUGGAAAUAAGAUGGUGACAUUUAACCAACACUGUGUUAUCAACAAGAACAAGACGUCCCUACAGGAAUGUCAAGGUUUUGAAAAGAAUCUCAAGCUGCGGUUGAUGGAGCUUACUCUGUUUGACAUUCUGCUCAUGUAUUGAUGUCUUGAGGUGUUUUUAUAUAAUUUAACCAAAGACUGCUGAGACGGGCACAUUGCAGGACUGUUUACAAAACACACAACACCCCCAUGUAUUAUGCCAAAUCUAUGCUCAUUUUUUGAAGCUCAUUUUCUCACCCAUGGUGGAGUUGUGCGUAUAGUGUUUGUUCCUCAGUUUUGGCUUUCAGGGCAGUUGUAUUGGGAUUACACUGGGAAUAAAGCAUAAGGAAUAGAAUCUGUUUUAAAAGAAAACACAAAAGUGACUUUAAAUGCUGUUAACUUCAAGAAAGUCACAUAAGGGAAGGACCCCGUAGCGAUUUUUAUCUUGCACCAGCAAAAUGUCGCAUUCUCACUUCAGUUUUCUGUCUAAACCUCUGCGAAAAGUAGAGUGUUAUGCUGCAUUAUCAGUAAUUAAUGACAAAAAGUUAUAAAAUACAAUUUGAAAAAUGAUGCAUGGCUAGAAUUGACUAAUUUAUGAUGCACCCAAGGGGUUUUGUCAUUUUUGGAACCAUUUUUUAAAAUACAGCUAUUCACAGUUAGUUCAUGUCAGCUCAGGUCCAUUAAAUAAUAUAAACAGACACAAAUGUGACUUUAAUAAAGUAUUAUAAAAUGUUGAAAUUAAGAUUAAUAGAUGCUUUAGAAGUCAUUUUAAUUGUCCUGUACUGUACUUAACUAAUGUUAACAAAUGGAACUUUAUUGUGUUAAAUGUUUUUUUUUUUCAUGGUUUCAGUUUUAAUUAACUAUAAUAAACUUGAUUUGAGAUCCAAUGGAAAGUAAUGAGUAUUGAUGACAACAUUUCUAAUUUAACCCUAAAGGUUCCCUCUUAAAACCCUCAUAAACGUUUGAAAUAUUAUAAAACGGUUACGUUUUGAUGGUGUAGGAUACAAAUAGUUGCGGUAACGUUUACUAACGGAAGUUUCUGGCUUGUAGCUCCAACAGGAACACUGUAAUGUAAACUGUUAUUCUGUACUUUGAUGGCUGUAUGAUCCGGAUCCUUAAAUGAGGUCAUGGAACAAAAAAUACACCAUGAUGUGUCUUUGAAUAAUGAGACGGGUCAUGCAAUAGAAGGUUGUUCAGCAAGAUUCUUGCCAAAUUGUACUCCUCAUAAUUGGAAGACUAAUCAUAAAACCAGCUGGAAGCUCUAAAUUCUCUCUAGAUUUAUGGGCAUAUGUGACUUUGAGAGCAGCUGCUAUCCGAGAGUCCUUCGAUGGUAAUGCACGGCGUAGGGUUGUUGAUUUGAGUAGGUUUAUCUACAUAAAACUGUUACUUUAAGACGGCACUUUAAAUAGGGCACACGGUGAUGAUGAUCCACAUUUGUGUGUGCUGUAAAUAGACAAAACACCUCAUCUAAAUCCAUCUGCGGCAUUUUAACGCUGGACACCUGUGGUUAGCUAUAAAUAAAGUUGGGGUUGUCAUAUUAUAAAGUACAAAAAGCUAACUAAUUUCAUUAAAAAGUUUAUGAAGAAGAGAGUUUCUGAUGCCUUGUACAGCCUGUGUAAAAGUCACUGUAAAAACAAGCCGCAUGGUUUAUUUCCAUUUCUUAUUUUUUUUCAUUUUUUUUUUUAUCUCAGAAAAGAAAAAUUGUAUAUGUGUACGAUUACAGUGAAUUGAAAGGACAGAAAUGUUCCUAUGUGUGUUUCUAUGUUUCCAUCCGUUUGGAGAUUUCCAUGGGAAAGACUUUCCGUCCGUAUACAACAUUUGGGACGCCGUUUUGGCCAAAAAUCAUUGGCUCAAUUUUGGAAAGCAGAACAGCAGCAGCUGAAUUUGACAAAAACGGUUACUAAAGAUGGAUCUCUGGAUGUUAUUUUGGAUGUUUAUGAUAUUGAUUUCUGCAUGUGACGAAUCCAUUCAUACAGAGAGAAGCCGUUCCACUCGGAGAAAACCCAGGAUUUGUAUUUCAGAAAGUCGUCCUCCAGGUUAAGAUCUUCUUCAAAUGUUUCAACACGGGAAUCGAUGUAUAUAUAUGGAUCACCAUCUUGUUUGAGUCAUGAUUAAAUGUUUACUGGACUCUUUCAAAUACAUGACGUGAUUUUCAUUUUACUGUCAUGGCUGAGCAAAGCUGAAGUUUGUAUUAUAAGACAAAAUGAGCCAAAUUUUAAUAAACUAUCUUCACGGGCUGUCUACAGACAGAUUUUUUAUGAGACGUGCAGUGUAAUUUACAGUAUGUGGUGUAUCAGUUUUCUGAGCUGUUUUAUUUGUACUGCAGAAAGGAGCCGCUUGUGUAUCAUCUGCAGAUGUGCUUUAAAGGAUCUGAUGUUUGAAGAACAGAAUUUGAGGGAUGAUUGAUUGAAAAUGAGAGGAAAGAUAUGACAUGGUGCUGUAUAACCCGCUCAAAGACAUUUCCACACCACGCUCAUGAAAUAUGACAAUUAAAUUUCUCUAAAGCACUGUC